AUAUUUUUGUAAACAGAAAAAACUUUCUACAGGCACCUUUUUCGUUUGUUCUGGAAAUUGAAGAAACUGACAAAAUCAAGCAAUUUGGGACACCUUGUACACAUAAACUUAUGGAUUUGUAUUAUUUGCAUAUUGAUUCUGCCGACCAGUGAGUCAUAUUGAAGGAUUGUUCACGAUCGCUAGCAAGAAGGAAGUGUGGGGGUAUCUGAGGGAUACACAAAGAAAAAACCUCGUUGACUGGAUAAGAGAAUUGAAGGAAUACAAAAUGCCUGGACCACAAAACCAAUCAGUAUUGAUGACAAAUGGGAAUUACUGCAUUGAUCUAACCGAUGAUGACAAGGACGCUGACAACAUGACACAAAAACUCGAUGAUAUCCAAUUGAAAAAAGAAAAUGAUAGAUUGAGGUGUCAAGUGGAAGAAUAUAAGAAGAGGGAAGAAGCAUCUAAAAUGGAACAAAUGAAAGAAAAGGCAGAUCUAGUGAAUGCAAUGGAACAGUGCAAAAAAGAAAUUGAAGCAGCAAAACUGAAAGAAAUCAAUUCUCAAGUCAGAAUUCAGGAACUACAAAUAUCAUCGAACAAGAAAGGAUUGUGGUGCAUCAAACAGAGCUUGAAAGAUUGCCCCAAAGAGGGCGACUCUUAUUUCAUCAGACAACAAAACAUCAAAAUCGCCUUAUUAGAAAAUCAGAAUGCUGUUCAGAGGCGUUUACUUUCAGCGGAACAAAUCAAACAUCAUCUCCUUCAAAAACAAAUGGAGAAUAAUGAAAUCUGUAAAUCAGCCGACGAGGACGUCGGGAAACAGUUGGCCGAACUCCAAAUGAGAAAAGCCAGGGAAAAAGAGGUGGUUGAAACACUCGAAAAAACAAAAGAGUACGUCGUGGACUUGCACAAUCAAAUCGAUUUGCACAAAAAACAACUAAAUGAAGUAGAGAGCAGGAAAGACGAAUUGGAAGUACAGCUGAGAAACUUGCAGGAAGAGACGAUCGAUAUGAAACAAACGAAAUUGAUUGGGAUAAUAUCGACUUUCCUGCUCAUCCAUCCUUUCGGCAUCGGGUUUGAUAGUAUUUUCGAGUACGUCCAACGGCUCGAUGCUGGUGUUAGCAAAGAAGACGUUGAGUAUCUGUUGAUGAGGUGCUGCAGUCUUUUCAGAUUCGAUCCUGGUAAAGGAUGGACAUUGAAUACAUUCUCUUCCGGUAACCAUCCCACUAAAGGAACUCCUCAUACGCCACAACAGAAAUCAGAACUUAUUCAAAACUCCGAAAUAACUGCUGAAGACGAAACUCCUAAAUUUGACACGGGAAAAAGAAAAGCAACAACUGAUUUGGGAGAUCUUCCAAAAGCUCAUAGUUUGUGUGCGAAAAAAACGAGAUGGAAAGAACUACAGCGAUUGAAAUAUAUCAUGGAUAAUGUCAAGAAAAAAAGGUGGUCUCUGGGAUUCGAGAGGCGAAUUCAAGAUUUCCGAAGCCCAAACGCUUCUUCCACUAAACGAAAACGCAAAAUUAUGAGAAUUUCCAAGACAGAGAACUGGAAGCUCUCAAUUCCUCCCAUAGAUCCGAGAAGACUCAAAUGGUUGAGAGAAAACGUUCCUGUUCCCGAAAAAUUCGCUGAAGAAUUCAUCUUGGAAAAGCAAGGAUCAGCUCUAGAAUUUCCAAACGACGAUAAUUUCAGAAAAGAACCAGGAAAUUCCAGACGAAAACUGGAUUGGGAGUUACCUGUUCAUGUUCAUGCACUAGAAAACGAUUUCAAAACUGAUGUAGUCGAUUCAAGUGCUAAGAAUUCGGGAAAAAAUUACACCCACAGUCCAGCCAGUAACAAAGUUGUUACACCAGAAAGUGUCCCUCUGGAAUAUACUACUGAAAAUCUGAAGAAAAUGUUCAAGUCUGAUAAAGAUACCCCAAUCGUAGAGACAUCAAUUUUGAAUUCAACAAAUUGUGCACCAGAUAAAAAAUGUGGAUCGUCAAAUUACAAAAUAAAAGAAGAAUCCUUAAAUCAUACUCCAAAUGCAACUGCGAAAAGAAUGGAAGAUGAAGUCUCAGCUGCUCAAGGAUCAGAUUCAGAAAAGCUAGAAUCAUGUCAAGAUUACUCCGACAUCUCUGAUGACGAUUUGAAUGUUUCUGUAAGGGAUUCAACAAGUUGUAGCCUCGAUAUUUCCGGAGAAGAUUCUGUUGACGUCAAAAUGUCGAUGAAUCACCAGAAGCCCAAACCCUACUCACACUUUUCCACUGCAGAACAAAAAAUCGCAGACAUUGCAGUACCCGAACUUCUAGCCAAAACUGCCAAGUCCUAUGUUAAUAUUGCCAAGAGUAAAGAAGAAUAUUCGACAGUGCCAUUUAUACCGAUAAACGAAUUGAAGCGUCUGAAGUACAUCUACGAUAACUUCAAAGAUGCAGCUUCUUGGUCUCCUGAGUUCAUGAGACGAAUACAAGAGUUGCGAAGCUCAAAUGUACCUCUAAACUCUCCACAAUGUAAACUACUCAAGAUAUCUGAAACAAUGUCAUGGUUGGUCACGAUACCGAAAAUAUCACCAAAAAAAUUGAGAUGGUUAAAACGGACUGUACCAAUUCCUUUUAAAUAUCCUGAAGAGUUUAUUUUGGAAAAGCAAGGAUUAUCUUCAAUUCCUAAUUCUGACACUCCUACCGAUUUACUGCUUGUGGGUAAAAUUCAGCUUCAAAAAGAAGAUAUCCCAGAAACUAUUGAAAGCGAUAUUCAUGAAGUAGCAAGUGUCAAGGAGGAUGAAAACAUUUUUCCAGUGGAAAUUCUGAAAUCUGAAAGUGUCAAAAAGACACAAGAGGAUUCAAUGAACAUUUCAAAGUCUUUGGAAGAAGCAAACAAAAACAAGCAAGUUCCAAACAAUUCACAUUCUGGAUUUAGCUCACUCGAAGAAGAAUACAGAUUCGCUCGGAUUCUAACCAGAUUCAACAAGUCACACAUUUGGUCUCCAGAAUUGAAAAAACGCCUACAAGAAUUCAUAGCUCCUGAUGCUGAUAACAAAAACCUAUUCAGACUGAAAAUGAAUUCGUCUAUCGGCACCAUUGUUGAGGUGUCGUAUUAUCCUUUGACAGCAGAGGAAAUCAAGGCCUUGGACGGAGUGAACAUUCCAGAUAAAUUUCCGGAAGAGUACAGAAUGGAAAAAGACUCAGCUAGAAAAGUUGAUAGCCCUGAAAGAUGGUUGUUCACACCUGAGGGGAGACAGCGUUUAUCUAAAAUGAAGAUAUCUAAUAACUGGAAACAAUGGUCUCCUGAAUUGAGGAAAGCUUUGGAAACAUUGAGACCUACGAAUUGUUUGAAAGGCUACAGGUCGCACUUGUAUGGUCCUGAUGGUACAUUCAAACGGAUCGAUCUUCCUCCAGUUACUCAUGAAGAGCUAGGCAAAAUCAGUAAAGUUGUCAUCCCGGAAAAACUCUUGGAGGAGUAUAUCAAUGAAAUUAGUGGAGAGCCUGACUUGAUCAGCAAUAAAGAUAGAUCUUUCGAUAAAACCGAGGAAAAAGAGUCUUCUGAUCUCGUAGAUGAAAAAAGCACUUCAAGCACUCAUAAGGUCUGCUUACAUUUGAAAAUCGAUCAUAAAAGCGUGAUGAAUGACAUCGAUAACACUAUCGAUGAAGUUCAAAAAUUUCUCAGUAAAAGCAAAGAGAUUGCAGAAAAUAAAAAAAUAUCGGAUGAGUCUAUCCCCAAGAAUCUAUCCAAAGAUCUGCCCCAGUCUUCUGCAAUUGGAGCAACUAAAAAAAGAAAAGCGAUUGACACUGAAGAUGAAAGUAGAAUGUCUAUAAAGAGAAGGGCAGACAAUCAAACUAGAAAAUUAAGGGUAAAUGAAGAUACUGAAAUGCCCCAUGUUGAAACUCCAAAAUUAACAAUGGACGACAAAAUGAUGUGUACAGAAAAAAAUUGCACACCAGACACUGGAGAAAUCAUUGAUGCAGGUUUCACGAUUCCCUUACACAUACAAAGUGUUACUGAUAACUCGAGCAGGGUCAAAAGUAAAUCACCUAGGAGUGAAAUAUUGGUUGACAAUGCAGAUGACGUUGAUAAACCAAGUCUGACCACGGACAUUGAAAAAUCUUGUGAAGACAUGAACAGCAGAAAAAACUGCACUGAAUCCAAUGGAGGAGGAAAUUUUACGAUAAUUCAUGAUGAUACACAGAGUGUCACUGGACAAUCAAAUAUGGUAUCAUCGAGAAGACAAUCAGAACACUGUUCUGGAAAAUCAGUAGAUAUCCACGAAAGGAUAACUCUUGAAGUUGAAAAACCAAAUUUGAACAAAGAUAUUAUAGAAAGGAUAUGUGAACUCCCAAGUAGAGAAAACAACAACACUCAGACCGAGAAAGAAGUAAUCGUUGAAAGUUCCACAAUAAUUUCAGGUGAUAUACAGGAGAACACUGAACAACCAGGCAUUCAAACUGAUCUGAAGUUGACCAUGAAUAGAAUAUUAGAUUCUUUGGGUCCGGAGAUUAUCAAAAAUUUAGAAGCAAUUCCUACCAUCAUAGGACCGAUAAAAACUUCAGCAAGUAAGAUAUCAUCGAGAAGAAGAUCAGAACAUUGUGUUAGAAAAUCAGUAGACGACAAAGAAUGGAUAGCUCCUGAAGUUGAAAAACCCAAUCUGAUCAAAGACAUGGAACUCCCAAGUAAAGAAAACAAUAACACUCAGACCGAGAAAGAAGUCAUUGUUGAAGGUUCCACAAAAAUUCCAGAUGAUAUACAGGGUAACACUGAGCAACCAGGCAUUCAAAACGAUCUGAAGUUGACCUUGAAUAGGAAAGUAGAUUCUCUGGGUCAGGAAAUUAUCCAAAAUUCAGAAGCAAUCCCUACCAUCGCAGGACCGAUGAAAACUUCCGGAAGUAAGAUAUCAUCGAGAAGAUCAGAACAUUAUGUUACAAAAUCAGUAGAAAACGAAGAAAGGAUAACUGCUCAAGUUGAAAAACCAAAUCUGAUCAAAUACAUGGAAAGGGCGUGUGAACUCCCAAGUAAAGAAAACAAUAACACUCAGACCGAGAAAGAAGUCAUUGUUGAAGGUUCCACAAAAAUUCCAGGUGAUAUACAGAGUAACACUGAGCAACCAGGCAUUCAAAACGAUCUGAAGUUGACCAUGAAUAGAAAAGUAGAUUCUUUGGGUCAGGAAAUUUCCCAAGAUUUAGAAGCAAUCCCUACCAUCUCAGGGCCGAUAGAAACUUCAGCAAGUAAGAUAUUAUCCAGAAGCAAAUCAGAACAUCAUGCUAGAAAAUCAGUAGACAGCAAAAAAAAGAAAACUCCUGAAGUUGAAAAACCAAAUCUGACGGAAGACAAGGAAAGGUCGUGUGACCUCCCAAGUAAAGAAAACAAUAACCCUCAGGUCGAGAAAGAAGUCAAUGUUGAAGCUUCCACAAUGAUUUCAGGUGAUAUACAGGAAAACACUGAACAACCAGGCAUCCAACCCGAUCUGAAGUUGACCAUGAAUAGAGAAGAUUCUUUGGGUCAGGAGAUUAUCGGAAAUUCAGAAGCAAUCCCUACUUUCGUAGGACCAAUCAAAAAUGCAGCAAGUGAGAUAUCGAGAAGAAAGUCAGAACAUCAUGUUAGAAAAUCACUAGACAAAAAAGAAAAGAUAACUUCUGAAGUUGAAAAACCAAAUCUGACCAAUGCGUCGUGUGAACUCCCAAGUAAAGAUAACAACAACACUCAAAUCGAGAAAGAAGUAAUUGUUAAAGGUUCUACGAACAUUCCAGAUAUACAGGGUAACACUGAACAACCAGGCAUUCAAACUGAUUUGAAGUUGACCAUGAAUAGAGAAGAUUCUUUGGGUCAGGAGAUUAUCGGAAAUUCAGAAGCAAUCCCUACUAUCGUAAGACCAAUAGAAAAUAGAGCAAGUAAGAUAUCGAGAAGAAGGUCAGAAUAUCAUGUUGGAAAAUCCCUAGACAAAAAAGAAACGAUAACUUCUGAAGUUGAAAAACCAAAUCUGACCAAUGCGUCGUGUGAACUCCCAUGUAAAGAUAACAACAACACUCAAAUCGAGAAAGAAGUAAUUGUUAAAGGUUCUACGAACAUUCCAGAUAUACAGGGUAACACUGAACAACCAGGCAUUCAAACUGAUUUGAAGUUGAUCAUGAAUAAAACAAGAGAUUCUGUAAGUAAGGAGGUUAUUGAAAAUUCAGAAGCAUUCCCUACCAUCAUAGAACCGAUUAACAUUUCAGCAAGUAAGAUAUCAAAAAGAAAAUCAGACCAUCAUGCUAAAAAAUCAGUCAAAAACAAAGAAAGGAAAACGUCUCAAGAAAGGAGCCGCACUCAAUUUGACAAAGACGUAAAUAAUGAAGAUUCUAAAAGUACCGAUGAUAUACAGAGUGGCACUGAACAAGCAGACAAUCAAAAUCAUUCCUCUAACAUCAUAGUCCCGAUGAAACCUGCAUCAAGUAAAAUAUCAUCCAAAAGUAAAUCAAGAAAAUCAGUAGAAGACAAAGAUAGGAAAACUUCUGAAGAUGAAAUACCAAAUCUGACCAGCACUCAAAUCGAUAAGGAACCAAUUUUUAAAGAUUCUACAAUAAAUCCAGAUGAUAAACAGGCUGAAAGUGUUCAACCAGGCGAUCAAAAUGCUCUGAGGUCAAAUAAACAUGAAGAAAGGGAGGCAUGGGAUCAGAACAUUUCAAAAAAUGUUACAGAAUCUUCUACCGUCUUAGGGCAGAUGAAACUUGCAUCAAGUAAAAGAAGAAUAUCAGAUCAUCUUGCUAGAAAAUCGAUAGAAGAUAGGAAAACUCCUGAAUAUGAAAAACUAAAUCUGACCAAAGAUGCAAAAUCCUGUGGACCUAAAAACAAAGAAGAAAACAGUACUCGAACCGGUAAUGAAGCAGAAGAUUCUUCAAGAAAUCCAGAUCUACAAGGUGACACUGCUCUAAGGUUGAACACAAAUAGAGAAAGAGAGGCACUGGGUCAAGAUAUUUUCAAAAAUAGAACGAAAUCUUCCACCAUCGAAGGCCAGAUGAAACCUGCAUCAAAUAAGAAGAGAAAAACAGAUCAUUCUGCUAGAAGAUCACUAGACAGCAAAGAUAGAAAAACUCCUGAAGAUGAAAAAUCAAACAAAGAUGAAACAACCAGUGAAUCUGCGAAUAAAAGAAGAAACAGCUUACUGAUCAGUGAACAAAAUAUCGUGGCAGUUUCUACAAUCCCUGUGGAAUUACAGAGUGACUCUGAUAAAUCAAACAAUUCGAAAAAUCACGGACCGAACCUGAAUGAAAAAAAGGUGAACCAAAAUAAUAUUGAAAAUGUCCCGAUGAAAGUGUCAUCCAAAAGAAAAUCAGAUCAUACUAGAAAAUCGGUAGAAAAUAAAGAUGGGAAAGCUGCUGAAGACAAAAAACCAAAAUCAAUUAAAGACAAUAAAAAAUCUUGUGAACCAACGAAUAAAGAGAAAAGCAGAACUCAAAUCGGGGAAGAAAUUGUUUCAGGUUCUACAGUGCCCGUCGACAUACCAGGCUUGAAUAAAAAAAUACUGUCAUCAGGUCAAGAAAUUAUUGAAAACGUCACAGGAUCUCCCAAAACUUCAGUGCCUAUAAUACCAGCAGCAAGCAAAAUAUCAAGAAGAAAAUCAGAGCAUGCUAGAAAAUCGGUGGAAAAUAAAAAUCGGAAAACCCCUGACGUUGAUAAAUCAAAUUUAGCCAAAGACAAUAAGAAAAACUAUGAAAAUAAAGAAAGAACCAGCAAACCAAUCAAUGAAGAAACUGUUGUUACAGGUUCUACAAUUUCCUCAAAUAUACAGGGUCCCACUAAACACUCUGAUGGUCAAAAUGAUCCAAAGUUGAACAUAAACAGUAAAACAGAGUCAUUAGGUCAAAAAAAUAUCAAAUCUUCCAUUACAGUUCCGAUGAAAUCUGCAGCUAGCGAAAUAUCAAAGAGAAAAUCAGACUAUGUAAGGAAAUCGCUAGAAAAUAAAGAUCGGGAAUCUACUGAUGUUAAAAAAAUAAAGUCAUUGAAAGACAAUCACAAAUUAUUAGAUAGAAAUAUAAGCAAAAAUGAGUCAUUCGGUCAAGACCUUAUAAAAAAUAUAAAAGAAUGUGCAGCAGCCAGAAGGAAAUCACACCAUCAUGAUAGAAAAUCUUCAAAGAAUAAAGAGAGAAAAUCAUCUAGCAAUGAAAAACCAAAUGUAACCGAAGAUAACAAAGAAAGCCAUAAAUCCACAAACACUCCAACCCUGAAAGACAAUAAUGUGGCAAGUUCAGACCGAAAUUCCGUAAAUAUUCAGGGUGACACAGAAAACACUGUCAGUCUGAAUAAUCCAGAAUCAAACAAGAAUACAAAAAUUGAGUUCCUAGGCCAAAAAUGCAUUGAAACCUCUAUGGAACUUCUGAUGAAACCUGAAACGAUUAAGAUAUCCAAAAGAAAAUCAGACCAUGAUGAUAAAAAAUCGGUCCGGAGUAAAGAUAGGAAAAAAUAUAAAGUGGAAAACCCAGCUAAAGAUAAUAAAGCCAUCGCUGGAUCCACAAUAAUUAACACUGAGCAAACAGACAUUCAGAAGGAUCCAAGCCUGAACCUUAAAAAGAGUAAAGACUCAUUGGUUAUAGGAAAUGAAACAAAAAAAUCUACUGUUCAAUUUCCGAAAACAAUGGAAUCAAAGAAUGGUCAAGAAGCUCAACAAGGUCCUGGUAAAAGUGAAGAAACAGUGAAAAAAUCAAAAAACAAACAUUCUUCAGACAAAGUGAAUGAACGACCAAGUAAGAUACUCAAGAAAGUUGAAAGCAAGUCUAGAAGUUCUGAGCAUAACAAGAAGAAUCCUGUAGUCGGCAAAGAUAUGCCCAAUAUUGGCAUUCAAGACGCUGAAAAAAGUAAAGAGAUUGACAAUGAAGCCGAACACAGGUCUACCAAAAGAAAAUCGGACAAUGAAGCCGGAACAUCGGAAGAAAAAAAAGAUACGAAAAAACCCAACAUUGAAAGAAGCGAUAGAAACGAGCUCAAAAAUAAGGAAAAUAUUUGUACUGCGUCCACUGAAGAAAUAAUUACAGCAGGUUCUAAAACCCCUGUACAAAAACAUGGUGACACUGAUUAUCUGAGCAAACAGAGAGACCAAAUAACACCCAAAGAGCCUGAAAUAAAUCCAAACAGAGAAGCCCCUUCAGAAAGUGAGAAGAAUAUAAUCGAAAGUGAUGUGAUUCCAGUAGAAAUAAAAAUUGAACCCGCAGAUAUCGAAGAUGCCAAAAAUAAUCAUGAUGAGGGAAUAAACAAAAUCACAAUUACUGUUGAAGAUAUUAUGAAUAAUUCCUUGCACAUUAAAAAUGAACCAGAUGAUAAUUCUAAAGCAAUAAAAAGUGCCUCAGUAACUGAUCAAAAUAAAAGCGGAAAUGUUGAGAAAACAUCUACAGUUUCUAAAGAAAAAACAACCACCAAAGUGCCAUGUAGUGAGUUAGGCAUACAACAAGAAGUCAAUAAAAGUACUACGACUUCAAAUGGAAUUCAUACUCCCUUACAACAGGAUAGCAAUAAAAGAAAAUCAAGUGAUAAAUCCUCCAAAACGGAACGUGAUAAUCAGUCUGGCAAAAAUGAGAAGAAGUCUGAAAAAUGUCCUUCAGAAGUAACGAAACCUGCUGCAGUAUUAAUUAACAAUGAACAGUCUGUUACCAAAGACCUUCCUAGAGGCAGUAAUAAAGAACCCGAAAAAAGUAAAGGGCAUCAAACAGAUGAGGGCGAAAAUGAGCCUGAAAGGCAUCCAGAUAACCCAGCUGCAGAAGCAAUGAGCUACGAACACUCUGUAGCAAAUGAACUCCCCAAAGACAUAAAGGAUUUCGAGAUGCUACCCAAGGAUGUACAGGAUCUCCUAGUGGAAUUUGAACACUCCAGCCACCUCCAAUCUGAAAAUGUUACCCAGAAUCCACGCAUUUCAAAACAAACCCACAAGACUUCAGGAAAACCGGAAGAAAAUGGUGAAGCUAUAGUUAAGCAAGAACCAACUGACUCCGGGGAACCAACACAGGCUGUACCAUGUGUGGUUAAGCAAGAACCGUCUCCAUUGGGGGUUAAGGAAGAACCACCUGAACUUGAGGAACCAGUAGAACCUGCACCGAUCCAAUCGUCCAAAACGUUGCUGGAGUUGUCAGAAAAUACUCAGGUUAUCAGGAACGAGUUGGACGAUCUGUUGGGCGGUUCGUCUACUAAAGAAAUAUGUGAUACUUAUUGGUCUUCUCGAGACCUGCAAAGACUUUCUGGUGAUUUUAUUCUCGAAGAUUAUCACUAGCCGCCUUUACUAUUAAGCUGUAUAUUUUGUAUAAAGAAUACAUUUUUUUAUUUUGUAAUACCAAUUUUUUCCUCUACUAUUUCAAUAUAUCCUUGUACAUUUUUCAUUUACAACAUUAUACAUAUUUUACAAGGA